UCGUGGUUCGUGGUUGUAUUUUGUUGUAUGCAAAAAUCAUAGGCAAAAAUGGGACUCACGUCACAUUCAAUAUCGUUCACUAUUUGCCGCUGUACGGUUCCCUUCUUUUCGUAAUAGAAUCAUGGAAUAUUCAAGACGAUAAACAAAUUACCGAAAUUAAUCAACAGAAGUGCUAAAAAAUAUUCUAUACUACGGUGCUCCUACGUCCAGUAGUAUUUAUUGAUUGAGUACAAACAAUACCCAGAAAGACGAAAAUUAAAAAGGAAAAAUGGCAGCGCCCAUAUCCCAAGGAUGCAUUCUUCUAUUUAUUCUCAUAAAUGCCGCUUGUAGUGAGAGGAUCAAAGACAUGAUAUACAAGCCUUUAGAAGGUGUUUCAGCGUGUUUUCGUCGCCACAAUGGUACUAACCAAUUCGGUUGUUCAUCAAGUCGAUCGGGAAGCGUCGGCGUUAUUCAUAUAGUUGAGAAUGAGACUGAGCUCGUAUGGUUGGAAAAAAAUGGCAAUGCUGGGCCAUAUACAGCUGUUGUACCAUUUUCAAUGUUCACCAGAGAUACUUUAAUUCGGUUACAAAACACAGAAAAGAUAAAUGGAAUUCUGCUGACAUAUAAUUCUAGCUUAGAACGACCGUCCCAUUACUCCCCCGAUGAUACCUGUCCCAAUAGAUAUUCAGGAUUCAAGCAGUGCAAUACUGAUAAACCUUGGAAUCCCUGGGGAUCUGCAUUGCUCAUGGAAGACUGGCCAUUCCCAAUGUUUCAUUUGAAGGAUGAGAGUCAAUUGAAUGAUGUCAAGUCUUGUUUCACUACCUUCAAUGCACAUGAUCGUGAUAGCCAAAGCCAGCGUUCACUCUGUGCCCUGGAAAUGAAAUCAUUUAUGUUCUCUGCUGUGGAUUCGGAAACUUGUAUACGACGAAGCAUGCCAAGAUGGAACUUUAAUCCACCUCAAUACUGUGACCCUUUGGGUGACAGAAAUAUACAUUGGCCAUUAGCAGCACUGGACAAUGAAACGGAAUCUGUGAUCCUUGUAACAGCACGCUUGGAUGCUUCAAGUCUAUUCGACGCACUAGCACCAGGCGCUAGUAGUGCAGUCACAGGAUUAGUUACACUCAUCGCUACGGCACACUAUUUGCACAAUAUGAAUCCAAUUGUUGGAAAAACGAAUGUUGUAUUUUCACUGUUGAAUGGUGAAGCGUUUGACUACAUAGGGUCCAGUCGAUUUGUGUACGACUUAAAAAAUGGCAGUUUCCAAUCAUUGGGAGGGACAACUUUAAUGUUUGAUCAAAUUCGCACUGUUGUUGAGCUGGGCCAACUUGGGGAAGGAGAUAUCUAUCUGCAUUCCAGCAACUAUGAAAAUGAUUCACUAAUAACUGCAUUGAUCCCAAACUUACCUGCAACAGUUUUAAAAGACAGCGUACCACCUGCAUCAAUCCAAAGAUUUCUGGCUGAAAACUCUACCAUUAGUGCAACAGUAAUUGCAAAUCAUGGGGUAAAUUUCACAAACAAGUAUUAUCACAGUAUUUUGGAUGAUGCAGAAAGUGUCGAUUUCACGAGCUCUGAAUCUGGUCUUGCCAAAAGUCUGGAUAAAAUUGCACGUGAGCUUGCUAAUCAGCUAUUUGUCACUGUUACUGGGACAAAUGCAUCCAAUAAUGGUUCUGGAAAUAUCGAGAACCUCGUUACAAAAAUUCUCUCUUGUUACCUAGAAAGCGCCAACUGUUCUUUAUUUAGAUCAGCUUCGGCUCCUGGCCACGAAUUACCGAAUCAUGUCCUGCCACUGUAUGUUGGCGUUACCAGAUCGCUAAAUCGCGCGACACGUUUAACUGGACACCUGUUGGCUUUAUUGACAGGUACAACACUGUCUGAAUAUGAUUCCAGUAUGUGCCAUGCAAACCAUUUCCUUUGGGUGGAAGGACUUAAUUUCCAAGGGACGUGCAUCAACUCUACAGUCAAUUACAGCAUUGCAACAAGCCCAGCUUUCAUAUUGCAUGGAUAUGAUAUGAAAUCCGGAAAUUAUUCCACAUGGACAGAAUCCGUGUGGCAAGUACUAAGCAUGAGGAUGUUUCUGAAGCCCUCUGCAGCAGCAGAACGUUUGAGCGUGAUUAUUGGAAUUUUAGUUGCAAUUGCUUCGUUUAUCAUAGUCUGGUUUAUCCAGUUCCGUGCUGAUCUCCUUUUCAAUCGGAUAUCAUAUGAUGGGGUGAGAACACUUUGAAAUUUUAUGAUUUGAAAAAUGUACCCAACAUUAUAACUGGACAGGGAAUCAAACACAUCACCACAUGUUCCUCAACUAUUCAAUUGAUUGGUGCAGCUGGAUUAUUUUUUCAACUUUUCUUCGCUUCUGGUAAUUAUAUGCUCUACAACUAUUUGUAUGUUACUUUUCAAUGUGGAUAAUACGUCGAUGAAGAAUUAUGCUAUUGACUUCAAUGGAAAACAGAUGAACUUAAAUUUUCAAACUAAAAAUGUUCAUUCAAAAUAUGGGGACGGUGAGAUACCCAUUUCUAUCGAGAACCUGUAAUACUUUUUUGAAAAAGACCAUUAUGCAGGUAAUAGUAUUUACACGAAGCUAUACGUAAUAUUCUUUGAACACAGAAAGUGAUAACAAAUAGCACUGCUUGUCAUAAAGAUGGAGGCGCUGAAUGCCAGUAUUUCUGAUGUACACAAAAUCUUCACAAUUUAUUACACUCAAUAUUAUGAUUCAUAUCAUUAGAAAAUUAUUUACCUUAAUAUUUUGGGGACUGCAUCAGUUGCUUUUUCAUUUAAAAUCAUAAACAAACACGGUGGUUAAAACCAAAAGCAACUUCAAAAUUUCAGGAAAAUAACAAAGUUAUUUGUUCUUUGGCAAGUCACUUUUCGGUGUAUAAUAAUUUUAAUUGAUCAAGCUUUUUGUAGAUAUAAGAAGUAUGUAUAACUGUACAAGGUGUAAGAUGGUAUUGUAAAAAAUAUGGGGGAUUUUUGCAAGCGUGAUGGCAUUUAUUAUCAAUAAACUUAAUUAACAGGGCGUGGAUGUACACGAGACAAAAAGAGAGAGAAAAAGAGAAAUUCAUUUCUUUGAUUUCACCAGUAGGCAAUAUUUUUUUUAGUAUGUAUGCAUUAUGUAUAUACUCUUACUUCCUGUGUGUACAUUAUAAUCUUCAUUUUCAACUCAGCAGGGAGUAGUUUCAAAUUUAUCUGAUUUGUAUCGAAAUAGGGGAAAUAAUUUGAAUUGUCAUACCGAA